GCCGUAGACUAUAACCGUACGUGGCAGUCACAGAGCAGGACACAGCGGCUGAAGCUGCUUCGGCUCCUUAAUAACAGUACACCUACUGAAACGACGUUUUUCAUGACAUCCUGAAGAAGAGAUAGUCUUCAUAAUUUAACAUUUGCUACAAACCAUUUGAAGUAUGUUCACCGCGUCAGAGCUAGUCGUCUUACUGGCUGUCUUGUCUGCCACCGCGUCUGGCUAUUUUGUUAGCAUAGACGCCCAUGCCGAGGAAUGCUUCUACGAGCGGGUUAACUCCGGCACCAAGAUGGGCCUCAUGUUUGAGGUAGCCGAAGGAGGCUUUCUCGACAUUGAUGUUGAGAUAACAGGACCUGAUGGUAAGCAGAUCUACAAAGGGGACCGAGAGUCCAGUGGGAAGUACUCCGUGGCCGCACACAUGGAUGGAACCUACAAGUUCUGCUUCAGCAACAAGAUGUCAACCAUGACACCUAAAAUUGUCAUGUUCACCAUUGAUAUUGGAGAGGCACCAAAAGGCCAAGACAUGGAGACGGAAGCCCAUCAAAACAAGCUGGAGGAGAUGAUCAAUGAGCUGGCAGUUGCCAUGACUGCUGUAAAGCAUGAGCAGGAGUACAUGGAGGUCCGCGAGAGGAUACACAGAGCAAUAAACGACAACACAAAUAGCAGAGUGGUCCUGUGGUCCUUCUUUGAAGCUCUGGUUCUGGUGGCGAUGACACUUGGACAGAUUUAUUACUUGAAGAGGUUUUUCGAGGUUCGACGAGUGGUGUAGAGCGUUUGUGAUUCCAGUGUGUCCUCCAGCACCAAGACAAUUAUUUACACUCUGAAAAUGAGACUGGCAGAUGUGAGAAAAGCCUACACAUGAUUGGAUGUUUUGUUCUCCUGUUACCAGGUUAAUUCCUUCUUUUAUUAACGUCUGUUUUGAAUUUAUGGCCAAACAAAUUCUGUCCCAGAUGUCGAUUUUUCUUAGUUUUUUCUUUUUUUUUUUAGUUCAACACAUUUUUAUUUUUCUGUUUAAAGUUGUUUGAUCAUCAUAGUUCAUACCAGUUACUUGCAAGUACAGCUUUUUCUGUGCAGCAAGUGUGUAUUUUAGGCAACUGAGGUCACAUGCUAGACUUAAUGAUGAAAGGGUACACGUGGAGUCGCCUCAAGAAAAUGCUGCCCUUAUCGACAUUUAAAUAGAAAAAUUUCAAAAGAUAAAGUUCUGACUUACUGUCUGAGGUGUGGGGGUUGUUUGAAGUGCCCGAGCCACUGUUCACUGCCCAUUGUUAUGUUAAUGUUAAACAACAAAUUGCACUCCUAAAUGUCUGAAGGAUUCACAUUGCAGCUGCUUCUACCACCACCAGGCAAUUCUGGCAAUGACGGUCUUCAGUGAACAUGUUUCCUGUUGGAUGGUGCACCCCACCCCACGCACUUUGGAAAAUGUAAACAGGCCUAAAAGUUCAUACAUUGGUAUAAUUUUUAAUCUACUUAAAAACUUGACUGCAACCUUUGGAGGGGCUGGGUGAGAGCCAGAUUUUAACUAAACUAUUUGGUUUACAGCCCAAGUGAAGCGUAGAUGUGUAUUGACAUUUGUGUUUGAAGUUAAUGAGGGUGGCUGGGCUGGGUAGGGUGGGGUGGUGGACCCCUAAUGACUGCUGUGCUGAGUGGAUUUUACUUUAUUUGGUCAGGGUUUGGGAUCUAAAAUGCUAUUCUACACAGUUUUGAACCUUUUUGUUGCCUCUGAAGCAUGUUUAGUGACAUGAAGCCAUCACAAUGAAACCAUUUUCUGAAACCUACCAGGAGGUCACAAAAUAUGCUUCAGCUUUGUAAAACUGCUGAGCUCAGGCAGGACACUUGCCCUGAAUACAGGUUUUCUUUUUUGUGUGUGAUUACAACAAAUCUGCUAAAUGGUUCAAAUGUAGAAUGACUGGCUGUGAAAAUUGCCCCAGGUUUCAUAAUAAAGCCAAUAUUCUGUACAA